UUCACCAUUUUACUCGCCAUUUCAUACGGAAAAACAAAACAAAAAAAAACAAAAAAGGAUGUCGUCAACCAUGUUUGUUCCCUAACACACUCGCUGGUUUGUUAGGCCCCGUUGGUUGGUUGCAUGGCAUUUGGGUUUUGUGGGGUUUUGCAUCAUCAAUAGGGUUGUCCUUGGAACUCUGUUCCCAUUAUUUCUAUCAAGUUUUGAACCCAUUAGCUUCUUUCUUUUUUUCAGAAUUUGUCCAUAACGCACAAGUUGGAGAGCUUAGAGGUCAAUGUUAUAUCGCUCCCAUUGUUUUGUUUUCACUUUUCAGGAUUCAUUAGACCAGUAAAUUAAGCUCUCCAGAUCUUCCUUUGAAAUUAUAAAAUCAUUCUGAGUAUAUUUUUGUGACUUUUUUUUUAUGAUCAUGGCAAACAUAUAGGUGUGGAAGCUUUUGUUAGAUUCAAAAGUUGGGGUGUCUAGGAUUUUAAAUACAUUUAAACGAAUAAUUUUCAUCAUCAGAAAAUAUUAAGAUUCUCAUUUUGAGUAUCUGAAUCUAAAAGGUGUGAAGAAAUGAGCUGCUUUUCAUGUUUUUCUUCCCACGAUAAAAAGGUAGCAAAGAGGCCUAAUAAUAACAAUGGAAGGAGGAUACAACCUCCUGCUGUUCAAUCUCCUAAGGGAGCAGCCCCACCUCAGCCAGAGAAUCAUUAUCACAAGGCAAGGGCAAAGCCACCAACAGAUCCAAAAAUAAACAGAGAGGCCAAUAAAGAUACUGGGAACAAUAACAACAACAUUGCUGCCCAAACGUUCACCUUCAGGGAAUUGGCUGUUACUACAAAGAACUUCAGGCAGGAGAAUCUAAUAGGUGAAGGUGGAUUUGGGAGGGUUUAUAGAGGAAAACUUGAAAAAACAAACCAGGAAGUAGCUGUGAAGCAACUUGACAGGAAUGGAUUGCAAGGGAACAGAGAAUUUCUUGUUGAAGUGUUAAUGCUGAGCCUCUUGCACAAUCAAAAUCUAGUGAAUUUAAUUGGAUAUUGUGCUGAUGGAGAUCAGAGGUUGUUGGUUUAUGAGUACAUGCCUUUGGGAUCUCUUGAGGACCACCUACUUGAUCUUCAUCCACAACAAAAGCCUCUAGAUUGGUUCACGAGAAUGAAAAUAGCUUUGGAUGCUGCAAAAGGUCUAGAAUAUUUGCAUGACAAGGCGAAUCCCCCGGUGAUCUACCGCGACUUAAAGUCUUCCAACAUCUUGCUGGACAAUGAUUUCAAUGCAAAGCUCUCUGAUUUUGGACUAGCGAAGCUGGGACCAACAGGGGACAAGUCUCAUGUGUCUUCAAGAGUAAUGGGAACUUAUGGAUAUUGUGCCCCUGAGUAUCAAAGAACUGGACAGCUCACUGUGAAAUCAGAUGUGUACAGCUUUGGAGUAGUUUUGCUCGAAUUGAUCACAGGAAGGAGAGCCAUUGACAACACAAGAUCAGCAAGGGAACAGAACCUAGUUUCUUGGGCAUAUCCAGUAUUCAGGGACCCUCAUAGAUACCCAGAAUUAGCAGAUCCCAUUCUUGAAGGAAACUUUCCAAUGAGAUCACUACACCAAGCAGUGGCAGUAGCAGCCAUGUGCCUGAAUGAGGAGCCCUCAGUGAGGCCCUUGAUCAGCGACAUCGUGACUGCUCUUAGCUUCCUUGGGAGAACUCCAGGGAGCCAAGACCCUGUAAGAAUCGCACCUGUUGAUAUGCCCUCCCCAAAACAUGAGCCAGAGCAACUACAAGACGACACUACUAGUGCCACAUUGAAUCUUCUUGACAAUGAUAGUGCCAUGGAACGCCAAAAAGCAGUUGAUGAAGCCAUUGAAUGGGGUUCAAAUUCUAGGAACAAUAAACCAGCGCGUCGUGACAGUUCUUCCUCUUUGUAAAUCAACACUACAAUUACAUGAAUGACACAUACGCUUUCAUUCUAAUAAUGUACGUAUAUAUUUGAGAGAAUACGAGGGAUAUCAGGAUUCAAGACAGGGAAAACUCUAGAGCUUUUCUUUAUGAACUUCAAUUCUAUUAUCUUCAUUAUGGUGAAAAGCUUUUCAUGGA